AUGUCCGUAAGAUGUUUUGUUCUUUUGGAUUCUUUACUUGGUGAAAAUGGAAUACAAAACCUUGUUGCAAUGAAAGAAAAUUAUAAAUUAAUUACAGACAAAAUGAAAGAAAUAUUCCCAACAAAUAUAACAAAAGAAGUUAGAAGAAUUGAAAGAAAAUGUAAAACAAUUGAUGGUGAAGAAAUGUUUAUUUCACCUCGUCCUGGAAUCGACAGUUUCAUUUAUCCUCCUGAAUUUUGUUUCAUUGGAUCAUUAAAUGAAGUUUAUUUCAUUCAUUCUCCAAAAGAAAACUUGUAUGAAUUCAUUGAUUGUCCAGGAUCAUUCAUGCAUCCUUUCUUUGUAAAUCUUGUCUCUAUUUAUACUGAUUCAUCAGUUAAUUUGAUGAGUUACAACAACAAGAUUUUAAUUGAAGACAAAAAACAAAAAGCAAACAUCGAAAAAAUUGUUUCCGAUGUUUCGAAUUUGAUGUUUUUCGUGUCCGAUACAGUUUUAAUUCUUGAAAUUCUUAGUGGUUUCUCAAUAGAAAUCAUUACAACUCCAACAGGCUAUUUAUCAAGAGUUUUGAACUCAAAUUCAUUGUUUGUUUACCAUUUGGAUAAAGAAGCAAUGAUGUAUUGUUUGAAUCACAUGAAUGAUUUAAGGAGUGGAAACAAGAGUUUGAGAAUUAGUUUCAUUGACAACAGAAAUCCUUAUGUUUUAGUUUCUGAUACUCAACUCAAAAUUAAAUCAAAAAGAUUAACAUUUGGAGCAAGUAAAGAAGUAUCUUAUGCAUGCAAUAUUCGUACUUUGAAUGAACUUGAAACUGUUAAGACAAACGAUGAAGAAAUCUUUGUCGACGAAGUUGCUUUUGUUCCUCCUGCAAGUGUAUUCCAUCCUUCUUUGUUCUAUCAUACUCCUGCAAUUGAAUUCUUGAGCCAAUUCCUCGAGCAAUUCGGAAUUUCUUCUUUCCAAGUCAAUAACAGUUUGUCAAUGAGUUGGAAGCACGCACAGAAGGCAAGAGAAAUUCUAAGCGAUCCAAAGAAUAAUUUCGAAGUUUCUUUCAAGAUAUUAAGUUUAUCAAGCGAAAUUCCAAUCCAAAAUGUUGUUUCGCAAAUCUUGGAACUCAAAAAGAAUUGGACAAUUGAUAAGAAACGUCAUGUCGUAAUUGUUCCAAGUGAUGAAGAAGAAUUCGCGAAAACAGAACUGGCGGAAUUCCUUUCUGAAGAAGAACCAGAAGUCUUUGGAUGCGUUAACAUGUGUGAUAAUCCAGUGAAAAGUCAUUAUGUUGUCACUAUUUAUGACUUAGAAAAUAAUACUUGCGAAUCUAAACCAUUGUGUUUGACUUGUUUUGAAGAUGAAUUGAAUUUCAAAUUCGAACAAAACAAAGGAAACACAAUUUACACGACACAACCAGAGUUAUUUGGCUUGGAUGGAUAUUGUCCAUUAGGUCAAUUGAUAUAUUCAAUGAAGAAUGAUGCAAGAAUCACUGAUAUUCUUAACAGAUGGCUUAGAUGCGUAAUUAUUUUUGUUCUUCAUUCAGACAAAAACUCUUUCUUCUUCUGCCCUGAACAUGAAGACAUUGUUUGGAUUAAGUCUCACUUCGAUGAAUGCUCAAUCUGCCACAAAAGAUUGUGCAAGACAUGUGGAGCUCUUCAUCCAAAAGGAACUCCAUGUCCGAAGCAGAUGAGCGAAGAGAUCAAAGAAUCAGAUACAUUGAAGAAAUGUCCAAACUGCGGAAAGCUGAUUUUCAAGUACACAGGAUGUAAUCACAUGGCUUGCACAUGCGGAAAACACUUCUGCUGGCAUUGCAAAGCUUGCUACAACACAUCAAGCGAAUGCUACACUCAUUUAGAGAAAGUUCAUGGAGGUUACUACUAA